AUCCUCCUUGAAUACAAGUGGUUAGGAAACUAAGAUGGAUGUGGAUAUAAACUAGACUAAUCUUGUAGAAUUGAUAAGUUGCUAAAGUGACUGUGGUCCUUGUAUAUUCAACUUGUGCUGAUGGUAUUAUGCUGCUGUGUCAUUCUUUUGAUGUGGUGAAAAUGGAUUUGUGAGUUCCAAGGUGUUUUCUUUAUCGAACUUGUUAAGGAAUACCUUAGAUCAUUUUCAGCUGUCUUACUCAGAUACUGUCUUUCUAGGUUGCUAUUUGGCCAUUGUGAGGUUUCAGCAAAUGUAUCACGAUUGUAGGUGUAUUUCUGUAAAUUCAUAUUUCAUCUUGAACAUGCUUCAGGCAUUUGAGCCGCCACUUGACAUGAGCCAAGACACAGAUAUCUGUGAACAUGAACAUCUGGAGGAUGUCUGUGCAGAUCAUAUUCCGUGUGAAGUUCGGGACUUUUGCUCUUGUCAGUCUGCAUCAACUAGUGGAAGAACAUGUUUUCUUGAAGCCGAUCAAGCCAGUUGUGGGAUAGGGAGCAACCUGAUCUGCAAUUUACAAAAAGAGAGGACCGUUAGCGAGGAGGUGCAGGUCCAGAAUUUCUGUGGAUCUGCCAAUGGAAACUUGUCUUUAAACUCAGAUUACAGCGGACAGUCUGAAAAAGCUGGUUGUGAUGAUGUUAAGGUUGUCAGCAAUGAUAUGGAAGUUAAUUUAGUUUAUGAUUCCGACAGAACUGUAAGCUUAUCCGCACAUGACUGGUUGGAUCCUUCAUUACAGUUAAAAGUUCCAUUGGUCGAUGUUGAUAAGGUCCGAUGUAUCAUAAGAAACAUUGUUAGAGACUGGGCACCAGAGGGGCAAAGAGAGCGUGAUCAAUGCUAUAAGCCUAUUCUUGAAGAGCUUGAUCGCUUAUUCCCUGACAGAUGCAAGGACAGGCCUCCUAGCUGUUUAGUUCCUGGUGCUGGACUUGGAAGGCUGGCUUUGGACAUUUCAUGCAUUGAUUUCAUAAGCCAAGGAAAUGAAUUCUCGUACUACAUGAUGAUCUGCUCAAGUUUCAUUCUUAACCAUACUCAGACAGCUGGGGAGUGGACCAUAUAUCCUUGGAUCCACAGCAAUUGCAAUUCUCUUUCAGAUAAUGACCAACUUCGGCCUGUUUCAUUUCCUGAUAUCCAUCCAGCUAGUGCAGGAAUUACCGAAGGCUUCUCCAUGUGUGGCGGUGACUUUGUUGAAGUCUACAGUGACCCAAGCCAAGACGGAGCUUGGGAUGCGGUGGUGACUUGUUUCUUCCUUGAUACGGCACACAAUAUUGUCGAAUACAUUGAGAUUAUAUCAAGGAUACUCAAAGAAGGAGGAGUAUGGAUAAAUUUGGGGCCCCUACUUUAUCACUUUGCAGAUAUGUAUGGGCCGCAGGAUGAGAUGUCCAUAGAACUCAGUUUGGAAGAUGUGAAGAGGGUUGCAUUCCAUUAUGGAUUUCUGUUGGAGAAAGAGAAGACUAUUGAAACAACUUAUACUGCGAAUCUUCGAUCUAUGAUGCAAAACCGAUACUCUGCUGCAUUUUGGACAAUGACAAAGAGACAAGUCAAAUCAUAAAUAUUUUCCAUCUACAAGGUCAUUAAGCACGAGUUGGUAUAGCAAAGGUGGAUAUGAGAAGAAGACAAGUUACCUCCAUUUAAAGUGUUCUUUUUUCAACAGAUGGAUUUGAGAUCAAUUGCAAUAGACUUUAUUGAAGUACUUAUUUUUAUAACCACAGGGAUAAACAAAUGAUAUAAAUAUGUUGAAUUAUGGAUUUUAAGUUAUUUAUAUAUUAAAAAGUUUAAAAUUUUCAUUUA